ACAGAAACAGGAUAAGGAAAAAAUAAAGAAAAAAGAAUCCGACCCAUUGCCCCGCGGGGACAUCAUAUAAGCUCCGUCCAUCGCCUCCCUUGUGAUCGCGUUUGAUCGAGCUGUUGUCGAUGGCGAACCUGUGGCGAGCCGUGUCGCGCGUAACGGAAAAGCCCGACCAAUCCGACGGGGUGGAGUUCUGGUCGACUCCGGAGCGCGCCGGCUGGCUCACCAAGCAAGGCGAGUACAUCAAGACUUGGCGCCGCCGCUGGUUCGUUCUGAAGCAGGGCAAGCUCUUCUGGUUCAAGGACUCCGCCGUCACCCGCGCCUCUCAUUCCCGCGGCGUCAUCCCCGUCGCCACCUGUCUCACCGUCAAGGGAGCCGAGGAUGUCCUUAACAAGCAGUACGCCUUCGAGCUCUCCACCCGCUCCGACACCAUGUACUUUAUCGCCGAUUCCGAGAAGGAGAAGGAGGACUGGAUCAACUCCAUCGGUCGUUCCAUUGUUCAGCACUCGCGCUCUGUCACCGACUCCGAGAUCGUCGACUAUGAUAGCAAGCGGUAGGGGAUCUGCAGUCGAUCAUCUGUCUUUCCUUUUUCGUGAAACUAGGUGCGCAACCGCUCGAUCGAUCCCGUCUUCUCGUCUCGCGUUUGAUCGUUUGACGAAUCUCCUCCUUUUUGUAUAUCAAUUAAGAUCGUUUUUGUGUUUAUGUUUGUUAUAGUGCUUUAUUUGGCUCUCCUGAGAUCUUGAAUGCAUAAAAUUCCUGCCUUUUAUUUUUCUUUCAAUCAGAUGCUCUUGUUCUGUUCUGUCACUCGUUGCUAGGUUUUGUAAUUUAUGGUGGCAUAUUAUCAAUGGCAAUAGUUCCGUAAA